AUGAACAUCGACACUGCAAUUCCGCCACCUAAGCGCAUAGGUGUUGAAACUCAUACAGGUUACGAUAUUCCACGGGAUACGAUAAUUCGUGACGGUUCUAAGCAGAAAGCAAUUUUUAGUGCCCGAUCAGCACGACAAUCCGUGGAGUCGAAUGGCUCCCUUGCCAAUGGUAUGAAUGAUUACCUCAUUCCUUCGACCUCGACAAAACUCGUCCCCGAUUCACCUCGGAUAGUCAUCACAUCCCCAGAUGACGAUCCUUUGCCCUCGCCUUUUAGCCUAAAAGUCGACAAGGAUGUUUUGUCCCGAAUUAAUCACCACAAGCGGCAUGCAGUCGAACCGCCUCCUUCUACCGACCGUAGCUUUUUGUUAGCUGUCGUUGUAGCAGCUGCAGUGGUCUUGGUAGUGAUAUUGUUGAUAUAUCUAUAUUUUAAGCUUGGGUAGAU